AUGUUAUUUAAAUCAUUUAAUUCAAUUAACAAUAUCAAAAAUGUUUCACAAACCAAUUAUAUAUCAGGAACUAUAAUUACUGGAACAUCUCAAUUAAAUAAUAAUGUUUCCUUAUUAUCUGAAGUAAAGAUAUAUACACAUACUUUGGUGGAAACCUUUACUCGUGUUGGAAUUUAA